UCCCUCGUUGCCCCAGCCCCUGCCCGUGCUGCCAUAGUGCCAUUUGUAAAGAUUACAGAGUAGCUAGCUAGCCAAGCCAAGCCACCCUGUGAGCUCCGAGCACUGGGGCUUGGGAUUUCUCAAAGCCAUAAAAGAGAGAAGCCUAAAAAGAAGCCUACCAAGUACCAGCUCUCCGAGCAGCCGCAGUGGGAAGGGCGCAGUCCAGUCCACGGGAGAAGGUGCAGUGGGAAGAAGGGGGAAAGGAAGCAGCCCAGCCCCCCCAUGGCUUCCUCACGCGCUUCCGCUUUCUUCUUGCUCUGCAUUCUGUUUCCCGCGCCUCCCAUUUCCGCGGCAUUGCUGUUCGGCGGUGGGAAAACGGCGGCGGCGGCGGCCAAGCCGGUCGUCGACGAGGAGUGGCGGUCGGCCACCGCGACGUGGUAUGGCGAGGCUGAAGGCGAUGGCAGCGACGGCGGCGCGUGCGGGUACGGGACGCUGGUGGACGUGGUGCCGAUGAAGGCGCGCGUCGGGUCGGUGAGCCCGGUGCUGUUCAAGGACGGCGAAGGUUGCGGCGCGUGCUACAAGGUGAAGUGCCUGGACCACGCCAUCUGCUCGCGCCGCGCCGCCACGGUCAUCGUCACGGACGAGUGCCCCGGCGGGCUGUGCGCCUUCGGCCGCACGCACUUCGACCUCAGCGGCGCCGCGUUCAGCAGGAUGGCCGUCGCCGGCGCCGGCGGGCACCUGCGCGACCGGGGCGAGAUCUCGGUCGUGUACAGAAGGACGGCCUGCAAGUACGGCGGGAAGAACAUAGCCUUCCGUGUGAACGAGGGCUCGACCAACUUCUGGCUCUCGCUGCUCGUCGAGUUCGAGGACGGCGAAGGCGACAUCGGAUCCAUGCAGAUAAAGCAGGCGAACUCGGUGCAGUGGCUGGACAUGAAGCACGUGUGGGGGGCCACGUGGUGCCUGGUGCGGGGCCCGACCGCCGGGCCCUUCUCCGUGAGGCUGACGACGCUGUCCGCCCAGAGGACGCUCACGGCCCGCGACGUCAUCCCCAAGAACUGGACGCCCAAGGCCACCUACACCUCGCGCCUCAACUUCGAGGUGUCUCUCUAGUGGCACGGCGCCUGGGGCCUCACGGUUUAUCGGCUGCAUGGUCCUACAUGGCAGGAAGGCUUCCUAUUGGAUGGAUCAGCAGAGUGUUUUCUGUAUGCGGCUUCAACUGAUCGUUCGCGUGUAGUAGGUGCAGCUAGUGUGUGUGUGUGUGGUGAUUCAUGCAUCAGACGUGUGACGUGCGAGUAGUUUUGGUUGUGAGUUGAGUGCGGGAGCGGGCCUGGGUGCAGGUAGCCGCCGUCUCCAAAGGAGAGAGAGAGCGUUCGCUGCUUGCUCGGCUGCAGCCCUGCCCGGGGGCUGGGAAUCCGAUGUGGAAGCUGGUUGGGCAGUGAGCCCGUGAGGGUUUUGGACCCCCUCUUGGCCUCUGCUUCCCUCGUGUGCUGUUUUUUAUCCUUCUGUUUGUUAGCCCCAGUUGAAAUGCAAUGCAGGGUUCGUGACAAUGUCUCCUGUGCCGUGAGUGGCUCCGACCAGUGAGCUCUGAGACCUGCAAAUCUUAUA